ACUAUUGAGAGAGAUUGAAAGAGAAGAAACUCUCUCUCUUUCUCUGUCUCUCAGCUUCUCUCUACUCUCUCUCACUCAAAGAUACAAAGCUUUUGGUGUUGUUCUGAUCUCCAAUGUUGUCAUCAGCAAAGCAUAAGAUCAAUCAUAGUGCUUUUUCAGUUUCCUCAUUAUCAUAUCCAUUACCUCAAUCACAUUCACAAGCCGAUAACAUGACUCAAGUCACCAUGGAAGAAGUAUGGAAAGAAAUAAACCUUGCGUCGCUUCAACAUCGUCAGCUAAACAUAAAUCAUGAGCCAAUGUUGAGCAAUCAAAACCCUAAUAACUCCAUCUUCAAAGAUUUCCUCAACAAGCCUUUGAAUCAAGAACCACCACCUUCUGCUUCCACCACUCUCCACCGCUCUCUUCCUCCUCCUCCUGAAACUGUUCUCAGCUUGAACCCUCGCUCCAUUAACACCCACUUUGAUGAAUCUGCGAGGUUUGGUUGUUUUGGGAAGAAAAGAGGAGGCCAAGAUUCUGAUGAAAGCAGAGGAGACAGAAGGCAUAAGCGUAUGAUCAAGAACAGAGAAUCUGCUGCUCGGUCCAGGGCUAGGAAACAGGCAUAUACAAACGAGCUGGAGCUUGCAGUAUCUCACUUGCAGAAGGAAAAUGCAAGACUCAAGAGACAAGAAGAGCAGUUGAAAAUGGCGGAAGCAACUCAACACCAAGCAAAGAGAAAGCUUCAACGGUCUUGGACAGCUCCAUUUUGAGAAAAACAUCCAACUCCUGUCAUGUAGAAGAGAAGCAGGGAAACUAUGUACAUUCUUAGCUUAAGGUAAUUUUGUGGAUGUAGUAGUUUUGGGGAGUGUAGAAACGUAUCUUAUUAGUAAAAAUGAAGCGAUCUUUCCUAGUCUUGUGUUUUUUUUUUCCUAUCAACCCUUCUUGACUUGUGUACUAUUUUUCUACUUAACCUGUGCCUACUUUUUCACUGUUUAAUAGCACUGUAGUUCUUGCUUA